AUGAAUCCCACAGCACCACCACCUACGGCAGCACAUCUAUCGCCAGAUGCAUCACCUUUGCAUCCGCCUUCUGUCAUGCACAAUACUAGAGUACUUUCUUCAUUAGGAACGUAUUCAGCAUGUUUCUCGGGUCUCAUAGCAGGUUUAUUGGGUUUAACCAACUUAUCCGGAUUCUCACUCUAUAUAAUCUCAUCAAUAUUCACAGCAUCAAUCUUAUUUUUAAUCAAGUGUGACUCGAAUGUGAUACGGUAUGUACCACAAGCAAACUUAUCCGUGGCGUCUGAAUCGGUAGGAAUGAAAGCUUUGAAAGGUUAUUGGGCUUUGACUGGAAUAGGACAAGAGAAUUUGUUGGGUUUUCUACUGUUUUGGAUUGGAAGUUAUGCUUUGAUACAUGUUUACGACUAG